AUGGGCGCCCCCCCCGCCGGGUCGAUCAAGAAUCCCCGGCGGCCCACCAAGUGGCGCUGGUGGAACGCGCGGGAGGUGCAGUAUUUCACACCCCCCCAGGAAGAGGUUCGGAAGCCGUGGGAAUUGGCACCCGAUACGGAACCCGCCCCCAACUCUUUCCAAGGAGAGCAAGAACACCGGCUGCCAGUUCGGACGCCCGUUGGCGAAGUUCGAACGCUGCCACGUCCGGCGGAACUGAUGACGGAGGAAGACGAUGUGGAAACGGAGGGGCCGGUGCUGAAACGGAGGCGGGUUGCGGUGGCCGGUCCAGGAUUCGACGGAAGCGUCGAAAGUGGCAGCCGGACGCCCGCAGAGGCACGUCUUCAGACAAGUUUGAAGCAUCCAGCUCCGGCCGUCGACCUUCGGACAAAGGCUUCGAAUGGAUCGAAUCGGAACCCCAGACGGAAGCAUAAUAACGAGCACAAGAACCAGCUUCAGAGAGUCUCGCUCUACUACCUUUGUCUAGACUCGUUCAAGGCAGCCCCUGCUUCGGCAAAAGUUGACUCGAAAUGUCUUCGACAUGGGAGCGAUGACUUCUGCUAA